AUGCGCGCCUUAUCCCGCCUCUUAAUGGCCACACCCUCAACCAUGGGCUCCAAAUCCAGCCUCAGCGAAGCUCUCGCCCUCCUCCCUCCCCUCCAACUCUACCGCCGCAUCCUCCGCGUCCACCGCAAGAAACUCGACCCCGAGAUGCGCAUCCUCGGCGACUCUUACCUGAAGAGCGAGUUUAGGGCCCACAGGAACGUGGAGAAUCCGUUGCAUAUUAUCGGGUUCUUGACGGAGUGGCAAUUAUAUGCCCAGAAGUUGGAGGGGGAUACCUGGGUUGGGGAGAAAUUGGAUAAGGAUAAGUUGGAUAAGAUGAGUGACCAGCAAAUCGGCCAAUUAUACGAGCUCAUGAACGCUAUCAAGAACACGGAGGGCGAGGGCGAGGGUGAGGACGGCUCCCCCGUAACCCUAUACCCAAUUGCCAAUGGACCGCAAAGCAUCCCUGCAGACCUGGUCGCCUUGCUCCACCGCGAGUUCAGCGCCGAGAUUCAGGCCGGGUGUACGUAUCCCAUGGAGGAGCCGAUGACGUUGGAGCGUUUCGCGGAGUAUUGGUUUGGGACUUUUGCUGUUGUGGCUGUUCUUGGGGAGGAGAAUGAGAAUGGGGGGUUGAGGGAGGGGAGGGAUUGGGAGAAGGAGUGUUUGGGGACUUUUUAUAUUAAGCCUAAUUAUCCUGGUCGAUGUUCGCAUGUUUGCAAUGCAGGAUUCCUGACUACAGUUGCUGCGCGAGGCCGUGGAGUGGGUAUCGUCAUGGGCGAGACGUAUUUGCAGUUUGCCCCGAAGUUGGGUUACAAAUACUCUGUUUUUAACCUGGUCUUUGAGAACAAUGUUGCGUCCGUUAAGAUCUGGGAGCGAUUGGGGUUCAAGAUCAUUGGUCGCGUGCCUGGGGCAGCGCGGUUGGCGAAUAGUGAGGAGUUGGUGGAUGCGUUGAUUAUUGGGAGGGAGUUGGUUUAG